AUGUUUAUUUUUGCAUUAUUCACUUUGGUUCUAUCUCAAAAUGAAAGUCUCAUCAUUUUAAGUCCAUAACAAUUAGCCAAUAAUUCAGAGCUGCAAUAGAUACCCUUCAAUAUUGCUGAAUUUAGUUAUGUGCCAUAUGGAUAGAGCAUUACAGGAGUGCUUGAAGUGGCUAAUCCUUAUAGUGUUUGUAGUCCAAAAUUCAAUCGCUCCGUUGAUCGAAGUGGUGAACAAUCAAACGUCAAGAUUCUUCUCUUAUAAAGAGGAGGAUGCACUAUGACCAAAAAAGUACUUAAUUUACGAUAAUUAGACUAUCGAAGCUUAAUUAUUAGGAUAUUAAAUAGUACUUAUGAUUAUGAGGAAACUUAGGAAAUAAAUACUUCACUAUUGAUGAUUUCCAAAAAAUAGGGGGAUUUGAUUAAAAAAU